AUGGCAAGUGCAUACCACAGCGUUAUCGAAAUCAAGUGUACGUCGGGCUUUACGUGGAGUCACGAGCACGGAGCGGGUAUCACGGAUAGAAAAGACGAUGUUUGGGCACGCUUUGUCAAGACACACCCUCAUGCGAAGCCCUUCAUGAUGAAGGGCUUCGAGCACUUCGAAAUCAUGGAACAACUGAUUCCAAGCAAAGCCAAAGGCUCGCAUGUAUUCCGACCCACCGCCACCAGCAAUGUGCCUCAGGAUUCUACUGCCUCCACACCACCUUUGAUCCCCACCGCCUCUACACCACCUUUGAUCCCCACUGCAAUCGAUAAUGCCACUUGGGGGCCGCCAUCGUCAGUAGAUCCCGACUCCCUCGAAGUACCUCCUCCCUCUACCUUCCUCUGUCCAUCCACCGAAGGUUCUACCGACUCGUUCCCAGAAAUGGAGUCGGCUGCCAUCUGCCACGCUGUUAGUGCAGCAGGAGGGUACCGAAACGAUGAAGAACCUCGUUGA